AUGAAUGAACAUUUUAUCCAUCCAGAGAAAUGGUGUGGUAAACACGUCGUUUCAACUAAAGUUAAAAACCCAAAGUGCCAAUAUAAUUAUGCUAUUAAUAAUGACAAGAAUGAAAGAAGUUAUAUGUGUAUUAUUUCAGAAAUUGCUAGAUUUAAUAAUAUUCGUUAUGAAUAUGUAUUACUUGAUGAAUCUGGACCUGCUCAUAAAAAACAAUUUUCAGUUCAAUUGUCAUUUAGUAACAAUGAAACAUAUAUUGGUUAUGGUGCUUCAAUUAAGAAAGCUCAACAAUCUGCAGCAAAAACUGCUUUAGAGGAAACAUUACUUCCUCGUCCUGUAACAAAACAAUCACACAAAGAUCCAACUGAUUAUUUUAAAUUAUUGUCAUCUGUUGCGAAAUGUUUACAAAAACAAUUGAUAUCAAAUGUAUAUUGUAGUGAUUCUUCAAUAAAUAUAUCUCAAAAUUUAAUGCCUUUUUCUCUGGUUAUCACAAAUAAAACUAAUUCAAGAAUGUAUCCUUGUUUAACAUUUGAUUCUCGAUUAAAAAAAUAUUGUGUUGAAAUUAAAACAGGAAGUGCAUUGAUUUUUCAUGGAACUGGAUGUACAUUAAAGGAAGCUAAAAAUAAUGCUAGUUGUCUUGUGUUGACGUAUCUUUCUCCAUUUCUUUCUGAAAAAACUAAAGAAUUGGAACAAAAAUUAGUAGUAAUUCAUGAGUAUGCUGUAAAAAUGAAAAUGAAUGUUGAAUUUAAUCUUAUUUGUGAAACAGGUGAACCUCAUAAUAGAGUAUAUACAUAUGAGUGCCGUGUAACAUCAGAUGAAGAUAGUUUUACAUCUAAUGGUGAAGGUAAUAGUAAAAAAGCUGCUAAAACAGAAGCUUGUAAUAAAAUGGUUAAACAAUUAGAAACUUAUAUGGAGAAACCUUUAUUUAUUGCUACUUAUUUUGUAAGCAUUAGUAAAAAAUUUUUACCUAAUCCUUAUAAAGAACAAAACAAACGUAGACUUUUAGUUAAAGAUAGAAAAAUGGAUCCUGAAUAUGGACAUCAUAUUAAUCCAAUAAGUAGAUUGGUUCAAGUUGUUCAAAUGGCAAAAGAACCAGAUCCAAUAUUUACAUUUAUUGAUGAACGUAGUGUUUUUAGAAGGCAUGAAUUUAUAUGUGAGGUUAUAUGGAAAAAUUUUCGUUGUGAGGGUUGUGGGCCAACAAAAAAAUUAUCAAAAAGAGCUGCAGCAGAAGCACUCUUAGAAGUUAUUGGAUAUUCAAAACCAAUGAAACAACCUGGGAAAAGUUUAUUAAAAAAUAAAAGUGAGGAUAAAUUUGAAUGCCAAAUUGAUUCUUUCGACAUUUCAAAAAUAGAUUCUGAUGUUAAAGAUAAAGAAAAGAGUGAAAGUAUUAAUGAAACUGAAAAAAAGAAAAAAUCUGUAUCCUUUAAUCCAACGAUUUAUGGAUGCGGUCCCCCAGAUGAGGAAGAUUAUCCAAAAAUUGAAAUUGUUCCGCUUAAAGAAGGGUCAUCAAAAAAAUACAAAAAAGUUGGUAAGAAUCGCUGUAGAAUGUUAAAUUAUGACGAUUGCUAUAAACUUGCUAAUCUUAGUAAAGAAUACUUAAUUCUUACAAAAGAAGAAAGAAAAGAAAGACCAUUCGAGUAUUUAGAAUGCUUGUCUAAAUUAUAUAGAUUCAAAAUUAAUGUUACUAAAUUUCCUGAACGUUAUGAUGAAGAUAAAAAGAAGUGGUUUUAUUUUGUUUUAAUUAAUCUUAAUCUUGAAAACACCGUUGUUUGCAAUGGAUCGGGACACAGUGACUCUGAAGCUACUGACAAUGCAGCUCAAAAUAUUCUUGAAUUAUUGAAAGACAUUCACAGAAAAUCAUCUGAUUACAACAAUGAAGAACAUCUUUCUGUAAAUAUGUGUGAUGAAGAAUUUAUUUCUGAACAACAUACGGAGUAA